UCUCGCAGUCUUGGCCAGAGCUGGAGAAAGCAUCGGGCAGGACAGACGUGGUCCAGAGAUGUCCUCUCAGAAACGGUUCCUUCUUUGGCUAUCAUGGAUGGGGGCUCUGAUAGCGAUUAGCCAUCAAGCACCAAGGUUGGUGUUGGUUGCCCCCAGUGUGGUGACAGUGGGAACAGAUGUGCGGAUUGUGCUUCAAGUUGACGGUGCUUCCUCAGACCUCAAAGGGCACGUCUUUUUCCAAAAUGAGUUGACUGGAAAAAAAUGUUCUGAAGAAAAACCAUUCAGUCUUCCGUUCAACCCUCCUGAUCCAUCCAAAAAAUUUGUGCAAGAUGUGACCUUGAAGGUGACACAGCGUCUUUUUGACUUUUGUGGUUUGAGCACCCAGCGGCGAAACCGCUACAUCCAACUUGUGGCCCACAGUUCUCAGCUCAACACCCCCAGGAACAUUCAAACCCUCAACCUGCGUUGGAGCGCCCGAGAGGGUUACCUCUUGCUACAGACAGACAAGCCCAUUUACACCCCCAGGCAAAAAGUGAACUUCCGAGUCUUCCCUCUGGAUCACAAGUUACAUCCAACCAAUAAUCUCGUUGUUAUCACUGUGAAGAAUCCACGGGGAUUUCAGGUCAAGAAAAUUGAGCGGAGCGCACUUCAAUCUGUCAUAAAUGACCAUCUGUCAAUUCCUGACAUUGCUGAGCCUGGCAUUUGGACCAUCACAGCCCACUUUGCCCACGGGCAGAGCUUUAACACAACUACAGAGUUUGAAGUGAAAAAAUAUGUCCUGCCUCAUUUCGAAGUGAAGAUUGUCCCAGACCAGAAAUACAUCCUGGUCACCGGACAGCAAACACCUGACUUGCAAAUUAAUAUUCAGGCUAAUUUUUUCUAUGGGAAAGGGGUCACCGGCACAGCAUACGUGCGAUUUGGUGUGAUUGGUGAGAAUAAGGAAAAGGUCUAUAUCUCAGGACUAGUACAACAAAUCCUGAUCGAGGAUGGUGAGGGCUCGAUGAUCUUGAAACGCAGCGUCCUCGCUGAGAAAGUGGGGCGCCCCCUGCAGGACCUUGUUGGAACGUCCCUUUACAUCGCAGCCUCUGUCAUAGAGACGGCAAGUGGAGAACUGGAGGAACAAGAACUCACCUCAGUGAAAUUUAUAUCAUCGCCUUAUUCUGUGGACCUGUCAAAAAGCAAACGUUACUUUGUGCCCAGUGCUCCGUACGAAGUGCUGGCUCGAAUCACCCUACCGGAUGGCUCACCAGCCCCCAACCUCCCAGUCCACUUCAGAACCCACAUAACCGGGGCAGCAUCUCCUAUGGAUGAACAGAUGAAUACCGAUAAGCAGGGAAUCGUGAGCUACAUAAUCAAUGUGGCUCAAGGAUCUUCCUCACUCACUGUCAAGCUAACAGCGGGAACAGAGAGCCCAGCAGAAGCAACCUUGACUGCCAAAGCCACCAAGUCCCCCAGAGGCAACUAUCUGAUCCUUGAAAGUUCCCAAAGUUAUGGCUUGAACAUUGAAGAUACCCUCAGAAUUAGAUUGAAAGCCGUUGGAUCAAAUACCGUCACUGACAUCUAUUACAUGGUUUUGAGCAAAGGCGACAUCAUCUCUGUAAACAGAGUUCUAGCUGGCACUUUUACAGUAGCCCCUAUUCGUGUUACACCUAGUCUGAUGCCAACGUUCCGUGUUGUGGCCUAUUAUCUUCUUGGGGAUGAAAUUGUCUCCAACUCCCUAUGGUUGGAGGUUGUCUCCCGCUGCGAGGGGAAGCUGGAGAUUCGCUCCUCGGCAAACAUAGACCGCCUGCAGCCUCAGGCACGCCUGCCACUCACCAUAAACACGGAUGCCAAAUCCUUUGUCUCUCUCUCUGCCACGGAUGCUGCCGUUUAUGCCCUCAACGGGAAGAAUCGGCUCACACAAGGCAAGGUUUUUGAGGCCAUGAAAAGUUAUGAUCUCGGUUGUACUGCUGGCAGUGGGGAAGAUUCCCUGGGCGUCUUUGCCGAUGCUGGUCUCUCAAUCCGUGCUGGUCAACAGCAAAGUCUCCUCCGGAAAGCACACGGAUGCGAAGAAAAUGUUUCCCGGAAAAAGCGGUCCCUGUCAUUUCAACUUGAGAUGCAGAAGAAAGUUGCCAAAUACAAUACCCCUGAUCAAAUUAAAUGCUGCAAGGGUGGCAUGGUGUUGCUUCGCAAUGCCCGGACAUGCGAUGAACGUGCCCAAAGGAUUAAGAACAUCCAGUGCCGUGACGUCUUCCUUGACUGCUGCCGCUAUGCUACCAAAUUACGUCGCCAGUCCUGGGGGUCCCAUGGUCUUGCAAGGGUCCAAGAUGAAGAUGAAGAAGAGUUUUUUGAUGAUGAAGUGAUCACAUUGCGAAGAUUUUUCCCUGAGAGCUGGCUCUGGCAAACCUUCACUGUGGAUAAAACCCUCACAGAACACUUUCAUCUUCCCGAUUCCAUCACCACGUGGGAGAUACAAGCAGUUAGCAUGUCUUCUGAGAAAGGGAUUUGUGUUUCAGAGCCUUUCAAAAUUACAGUCUUCCAAGAGUUCCACAUUUCUCUCCGGCUGCCAUACUCUGUGAAAAAGUUUGAACAGAUAGAGCUUCGUCCAGUGUUAUACAACUACCAGUCUGAUCCACUCAGCGUCUUGGUAUACCUGGAGCCGUCUGAAGGCAUUUGUUCCCCAGCAACGUUUGGCCCAGCACGGAAACGGAAGGUGGAGGUGCCAGGGAACUCUGCAAUUCCUAUACCCUUUGUUCUGGUGCCCAUGGGGGCGAGUGACAUCCCCAUCACCGUUGUUGCUCUUAGUGAAUGGGGGAUAGGGGACAAGGUUUCCAAGAAAUUACGAGUCGAGAAAGAGGGUGCCAUCAGGAUAGAAGAAUAUACCGUUCCUCUUGAUAGUAAAGAUGAACGCACCAGAUCUACGAAGAUUUCAGGUGAAUUGCCAUCCAACGCCAUUCCUGAUGGAGACUUCAAGAUGAGUGUCCGUCUGACAGGAUCAGUUCCUGCUGACACCCUUCAGAGUUCUCUGGAUCCUGAUGGCAUCUCCUCCCUGCUGCGGGUGCCAAACGGAUGUGCGGAACAGACCAUGAUAUUGAUGGCCCCUGCAGUCUAUGCCAUGCAGUACUUGGACCAGACAGAACAGUGGCUCAAUCUAAAACCGGAAAGCAAAGAAGUUGCCUUAGCAAAUCUCCGCACAGGCUAUGCUAGAAUCCUCACCUAUCGGAAAAACGAUGGAUCUUAUGGAGCUUGGAUCCACACCCCCAGCAGCACCUGGCUUACAGCUUUUGUGGUGAAGGUUUUGUCCCUGACUCGGAUCUACCAGGAGGUGGAUAGUGCCGGGAUCCGGGGAUCGGUGCAGUGGAUUCUGGAACAGCAACAGAGUGAUGGUUCUUUCAGAGAUUCCCACCCUGUCUAUCACCGAGAAAUGCAGGGCGGUAUGGGUGGCCUCCGUGAGGGAGUCGCAUUGACAGCCUUUGUCACCCUCUCGCUGAAGCAAGCUUUGCCUAUAUAUAAAGCCAAAGAAGCGGAUGAAGAGGCAGAAAGGCAGAAACAGGAACAGCUGAGCCGAUUGAAAAAUAGCUUGGCACUUGCAACGGAGUAUCUUGCCAGAUCCCUGGGUGAUCAGUCUCAGGGGCCGUACCCUGUGGCCAUCAGCAGCUACGCCCUCGCUCUCUCUUCGAAGGACAAAUCCGCCAUUGCACUGGCUGAGAGCCGCCUACUGGAGCUUUCCUCAGAAGAUAAAAACAGCACCAUGAUAUAUUGGUUAGCGGACCAUCAGACAAGGGUGCCUUCAGCUAUCUCAGUGGAGGCCACAAGCUAUGCCCUUCUCUACUUCUUGAAGCAAAAUGAUUCUGCAAGAGCUAGCAAGAUAGCUCACUGGCUGACUGAGCAGAGGAACUACGGAGGAGGAUUCAGAUCAACACAGGACACAGUGGUGGCUUUGGAAGCCCUUUCCAUCUACUGGAUCAGCACCUUCACGGAAGAAGGGAAUGAACUAACAGUAUCUCUUUCUGUCCCUGGGAAACACUUGCCUAUUCAGAUUUCCUUCGGAAGAUCCAAUGAUCCGAUCCAGGAAGAGCUUCAGUUUUCUUUGGGAAAAGACAUUGACGUGAAAGUGAAAGGAAAAGGGAAAGGAACUCUGACGGUUCUCAAGCAGUUUCAUGUUUUGGCUGUCCAGAACACCACCUGUCAAACUCUUGGGCUAGAAGUGACCGUGAGCGGCUCUGUUCGCCGAAAUUCUGAAGUGGAUGAUUACUAUUAUGAAGAUGAAGAUGAUCUUCUGCCCACAUCACAACCCGCUAACCAGCCAUUGUCACGGAUUGAAUUAUUUGACGCCCGGCAGCGCCGAAAGAGGGAGACCAAAAGCACCGAAGAGUCAAAACAUGAUGUCACCUACGAGGUCUGCUUCUGGAGACAACGGGGGGCUCAUGUUUCUGGCAUGGUCAUCGUUGACAUCAGCCUGUUGAGUGGCUUUCAGCCUGAUGAGAUGGACCUUGCUCAGCUGCAAGAGGUCCCCGACCAAUACAUCAACCACUGGGAGAUUCAAGGACAACAGCUGCUCCUGUAUUUUGACCAGGCCCCAGAAUCCGGUCGUGAGUGUGUCGCUUUCAGGGCCAAACAGGUGGUUUCUGUGGGAAAACUGCAACCAGCCAGUGCUACCGUCUACGACUUCUACGAACCCAGUCAACGUUGUAGCAUCUUCUACGGGGCUCCAAAUAAGCCACAGUAUGUCUCCGCGUUGUGCUCAGAUGAUGUCUGCCAGUGUGCUGAAGGUGCCUGCCCACGUCUGAAGCGUAGCCUGGAGGAUGCAAUCACAGAAGAGAACCGGAUGAACUUCGCCUGUUACAGUCCCCGUGUGCAAUAUGCGUUCCUGGUUCGAGUGGAGCGGGAGAGCCAAGAAAGUGCCUUCCGGAUCUAUGAAGUUAAAAUCAAGGAGCCCCUUCAAUUCACUGCAGACUCCAGAAUUGAAGCCGGCCAGAUCCGUCGCUUUGUGGUUCGGGCUGCUUGCAAGACCCGCCUGGCUGCAGGCAAAGAAUAUUUGUUGAUGGGACACGACGGGGAAACGCGUGAUUCAAAUGAGCGCCCCCAGUACCUGCUGGAUAAGAAUUCCUGGAUAGAAGAGCAGCCAGAUCCUCGGCGUUGUAAAGCCACCCAGUAUCGCAACACCUGCCAGGAGCUUCAGUCUUUCACUACCUCCUUUGGUAUAAACGGCUGCCGCAUCUGAGCCAAAUACCCCUUGCGCCUCUGACUACUCUGACUCACCAGGAACUGCACCUCUUUUAUGGAAUACCCCCUGGCUGAAAACCUCUUCUUGAUUGCUGUGUUGUGAGUCACUUAAAGCUUUGUGAUUAGAGGAUCUGAAGACAAAAGAAGAGUCUGACAGCAUCAGAGCAGAAUAACAGAGUUGGGAGGGACCGUGGAGGUCUUCUAGUCCAACCCCCUGCUCAAGCAGGAGACCCUAUAGUACCAUGCCAGACAAAUGGCUGUCCAAUCUCUUUGUAAAAACCUCCAGUG